CCGCAUGACAGGUUACCCCGGUCAAGUGAUUCCCGCAUGGCUAUCAAAUGUACAAAUGUAUAUAGAAAACAUGGGUAUCUCCCUCUUUCGUUUUGCUAUUUUUUUGGUAUGACUUUACUCUCUGUUAUCCACAACAAUGAUACCUACUAGUUACAAUUUACAUUUCCCCGAGAACUAAGGCUUAUCGAUAUCCUACCAGCUAUACUAUACACACUAUACACUCCCCCACACUUCUUCCAUCCAAAUCCUACACCAUAAACCCAAAGAAGAAGAAUAAGAAAGAGAAGAAUGUGCCUCCCACCCCUCUCCGACUCACUCUCCCUCCCCAAACUCCUCAAUCUAAACCUCGACUCUUCUUCCUCCCGAUCCUCCUCUCCCUCACCACCGCCACGAUUCCACGAUCGCCAUCAUCACCACCACCACUUCCGCAGACGACGAAGAUCCAACAGCUCAUGCAGCACCUGCAGCGACACCACCAGCUCCAGCUCCACUACGACCUCCAUCUCCAUCCGCCCCCCACCGCGAAGCUACCACCCGCCUCAACCGUCUCGCAAGCCUCCGCCUCCACCUGCUCUUCGAGAGCGGGAGCGAGAUACCUACCGAGCAAGUCGGAGUAAGGUUCGAGAUGUUGAGGAGACGUUCAUCCCGCUGCCGCCGGCGAGGCCUGUCAGGAUUGCGAGGCCGUGGCCGCGGCCGAGAUUACCGCCCCCGCCUCCGCCGGUGGUGGUGAUUGAUGUCAGAGAGAGGGAGAGGGAGAGGGAGUACUGUCAGUUGCCGGCUGUGGAGGCGGAGGAGGUGGAGUGUGUGGGGAUUUUUGAGCCUGAGCCUGAGCAGGAGGAGCGGGAGAGGGUGGAGGAGUGGGUGGUUAUGAGGGAGAGAGGGGGGUGGAGGAGACCUAGUGGUGGUGGUAUUGUUAGUAGGGAACGGGGGAGGCGGAAGGAGGUAGUUGAGGAUGAGGAAGUGGAUGAGGAGGUGGAUAGGGUGGAGGAAGAGGGAAGGAGGAAGGUGAGGGUUGAGUAUAUUCGGGCUCGAUAGUGGAGUGGGAUGCUGUGUUUAUGGUAUUUGGAUUUUAAGUAUAUAGAUUCGUUUCACAUAUGCGGUUUACUGUUACUCAGAGAUUUAUGAAUCUUACUUGGCGUCCUCUUGGGGCAGUCGCUCCAUGAGAUACCCGUUAUACUUCACGUCUACUGUAUAGAGUUCAACGAGCAACUAACUUCCCC